UCAACCUCCUGUGACGUCACACCACACCUUCUGUAGUGAUUUCCGUGUGUCGACGAUGCCUCUGAGCGAGCAGCAACAGAAGGAGUUAAUCUCCAUCGCCCACCACAUCGUUGCGAAAGGAAAAGGCAUUCUGGCCGCUGACGAGAGCACCGGCACGAUGGGAAAGCGUCUGGCGAACAUCGGAGUUGAAAACACCGAGGAGAAUCGUCGCCAGUACCGUCAGCUGCUCUUCAAAGUCUGCAACGACGUGUCCAGCUGCAUCGGCGGCGUAAUUCUCUUCGAGGAGACGCUGUAUCAAAAAUCCGACGACGGUACACCGUUCGUUGAUUUGAUUAGAAAGGCAGGCAUCGUGCCCGGUAUCAAGGUCGACAAGGGUCUUGCUCCGCUUUAUGGCAGCAACGACGAAACAACUACUACUGGAUUGGACGGAAUGGGCGAUCGUUGUGCUCGCUACAAGAAGGACGGCUGCGAUUUUGCUAAGUUUCGCUGCGUGCUGAAGAUCUCUUCGCACAAGCCGUCUGAGCAGGCCAUGCAUGAGAACGCCCACGUCCUCGCUAAGUAUGCUGCCAUUUGCCAAUACAACGGGCUUGUACCGAUUGUUGAACCCGAGGUACUCACUGAUGGAAACCACGACCUGGAAACGUGUGCGAGAGUGACGGAAAAGGUCCUGGCCGCUACUUACAAGGCGCUGAGUGACCACAACGUGUUUCUAGAGGGAACCCUCUUGAAACCCAACAUGGUUCUUCCCGGCCACGACUGCACGACAAAGUAUACACCACAGCAGAUUGCUGAAGCCACCGUGCGCACCCUGAAGCGCACUGUUCCUUCUGCAGUGCCAGGUAUAACGUUUUUGUCGGGAGGACAGUCUGAGCAAGAGGCCACUAUCAACCUGAAUGCCAUCAAUCAGCUGGAAACGACCAAGCCAUGGGCGCUCACUUUCUCUUAUGGUCGUGCCUUGCAGGCUAGUGUUCUGGAGGCUUGGAAGGGAAAAGCCGAGCUUGUGGCAACGGGGCAGAAAGCGUAUUUGACCAGAGCUCAGGCUAAUAGCCAAGCAUGCAGAGGCCAAUAUCAACAGGUGGAAGGAGACCAAUCAGCUGCAGGGAAGAGUCUCUUUGUUGCCAACCAUCAGUAUUGAUUGAACUGUUGAUGAGUUAGUUUAGUGAACUUGUUGACGAUUUGCGUAGAAUUCCUGUUUGAUCUAUCUUGUGUCUGACAUGGCAAUCUGUUCUUAUCGAUAAAGGACUGUAAUAGAAUUGUUAGCAACGAG